AUGGACUUCAGCAGCUCGUCUGUGUUUGAUCAGCAGAAAGGUAAAGUGCUGUGUCAGCGCAGCCUCCGGGCCAGCCCCUCCACUCCGACCUCCAUCCGACUGCAGCCGAGGAGUCCCCACUUACAAUGGCAAAUACCUGGGCAAACACCUGUGGUUCUUGAACGUGAGAGAGGUGACGCAUCGGAGGAGGUGGGCCUGAGCCUGGUGUCCCAGGCAGCAUCGACCGGAGACGUGGGGGCCCUGACCGCCCUCAUCCGGGAAGACCCCUCGGUGCUGGAGAGCUGUGAUGGCGAAGGAUGCACCCCCUUGAUGCAUGCGGUGUCGGGGCGCCAGGUGGACACCGUGAAGUUGCUGCUGAAGAUGGGCGCCAACGUCAACACCCAGGACGCCUACGGCCGCACAAGCCUGUGCCUGGCCACCUACCUGGGCUGGCUGGAGGGCUGCGUGAGCCUGCUCCGGAACGGUGCCAAGCACAGCAUCCCGGACAAGAACGGCCGCCUGCCGCUGCACGCGGCCACCGCCGAGCCCGACGUCAGGCUGCUGACGGUGCUGGUGCAGCAGUGCAGCCCCAGCGAGGUCAACCACCAGGACAGCGAGGGAAUGACACCCCUGCACUGGGCUGCUUUCCACAACCGGCCUCAACACACCCAGAUGCUGCUGAAGAAGGGGGCAGACCCCACCCUUGUGGACAAAGACUUCAAGACGGCUCUGCACUGGGCAGUCCAGAGCGGAAGCAGGGUCCUGUGCGCCAUCAUCCUGAGCCACCACCGGGCCCCGUCCAUCAUCAACUGUGACGACGAGAGCGGGAGGACGUGCGUGCACAUGGCCGCGGCUGCCGGCUUCAGUGACAUCAUCGCCGAGCUGGCCAGAGUCCCCGAGUGCAACCUGCAGGCUCUGGACAUGGACGACAGGACACCUCUGCACUGGGCGGCGGCUGCAGGGAAGGUGGAGUGCGUGCGGUCACUGCUGGACCUGGGUGUGGACAGCAACCUGCGCGACGUCAACGAGAGCGCCCCCCUGGCCUACGCCCUGUACUGCGGCCACGAGGCCUGUGCCCAGCUCCUCUCCCAGGAGAGCAGGACAGAGCCUGCUCGACCCCCUCCUUCCCAGAACAGCAGGCCCCGCAAGAAGGAGGGGCGAUUCGGCGUGCUCAACCAGAUCUUUGGCAAAAACAGGAAGGAUGAGCGGCGGGCCUCUCCGAAGGACCCCGGAGGGGACGGGCUCAGGGGGGAGCCCACCUCGGAAGUCGAUGACAUCAUCACCACCUUUGACAGCAUCGCGGAGACCGACUGCCAAGAACAGCCUGAGGACCAGGUGGCUAUGGUCAACUUCACAAAGAAGACCUCAGGGAAUUCAAAAUACCUCUUGGCGGAGAGGAGGCCUCUGGCCCGGCAGGGGCUUCCACCAAUCAGAACGCACAGCCUCCCGCCCAUCACCCUGGGCAACAACUUCCUGAGGGCCUCCCACGGGGCUGCCCCCCGGGCUGGCCUGGGCCCUGGUACCCAGCUCGUGACCCCGAGAUCUCAGAAAACCCAGAGUGAGCAGGACUUACUGAACCACGGGACCGGCAGACAGGCCCUGCUGGACCACCCCUGGAGAGGGCAUUCCGGCCAGGGCCUCCCCAAGGCGUGGACCGGGCCCUCCCCCGAGAAGCUGCUGGACAGGUUGUUCACCGGCACGUCCAGGCACUGGGCCGCCUCGGGGCCUCCACACCUUCCUCAUCUGCACAGCCCACCCUCAGGACAAAAUUUUCAGCAUCUCUCCCCAAACAGACCCAAAAUCGGGGAUCUUCCUUUCACUCGCAACAGCCUGGCUCCCCUGGCAGACCAAAAAUUUCUAGCCGGAGAGCCUCUACGAACAAGCCGAGUGCUCCCCGCCAUCCCGAGCCACCGCGGUCCCAGCACAGCCUCGGCCGAGAGGGCAGCCGACGCGGACUGA